CGAGCCAUUAUCUUUCAGACAAUAGAUUUUUUGAAAGAAAGUUUUGUCGAGGCUUCAUUAGCAAUGGCCUCCCUCUGUGGUCUGAAUGCAGGACACAUUUGGAGCAAUUACUUGACCAGAAAACAACUGUCAGUCAUUCUUAAAGGGGAAGGAUUCCAAUUAAUAAACCUCUUAAACCCUUUGGUUUUACUACCAUUCCCCUGUGAGCAUCGGUGUCUUGUGUGGUUAAGGAGAGUUUUGUCAGGAGAGAAAGACAUUACAUGUGCUUGUUGCACAGGACUCCAACGGUAGGUCCUUUGCUCACUUGUGUGCAGGGGAUUUCAAGGACUUAACUGGGAGUAACAAGUGCCUCCAGUAGAUAUUGUUAGUGUCAUUCGUCUACUUAUGGACUACAGAGACACCAUGUAUGUAGCCUAGCCUUUGGUAGGAAUCUGAAAGAAGACAAAGAUGUGAGUUUGUUCGGCUUUUGUGUAAACAAUAUCUUCAGCCUCACUGAAGUGAUUCUUGAAGGAUACAGCCCUCACGCCGCACAUAAAUCUGCUCCAUUGCACGUGAAGCAGCUCCGUACAACAACUGCUCUGCUUUGUCUCACUUGGUAGCAUUUUGCUUUUUUUCCUGACGAAGAAGAGAGAAAGUGUCUCAAAAGGCUCGGAUGCAUUUGUCAAUGGAUACCCUGGGAAUAGUGGACGAUAGUUGCCUGGACAACUAUGACAUGGCAAAAGGUGCUGGGUCAAGCGCUGGAGGCCGGGUCCACAGUAUUGAUGUCAUACUGGGAUUCACUAAAGACCAGGACCCUUUACUCGAAUCGGUAGGCGAUGAUGACAGCCAAAAAGCCAACGGAGAAAACCCACAGCACCCUGAGAAGCAGGUCCCGUCGGACCCCUAUGGGCACCUUCCAGAAUUGGGUGACAGCUCCCAACAUUCUUCCUACCAUGAAUCGGACCUUUUCUCUGGUGAUAAGUGUGAUGAAGAAAUGAGCAACUUGCAGAAGGAAGUGGACAUUGCUGAGGGGUCUCCAGAGGCCGCUAUAGAGGAAGAGUACACUAAAAAGAAACACAGGAGAAACCGUACCACCUUCACCACUUAUCAGCUCCAUGAGCUGGAGCGAGCCUUCGAGAAGUCCCACUACCCAGAUGUCUAUAGCCGUGAGGAGUUGGCAAUGAAGGUUAACUUGCCCGAGGUUCGAGUUCAGGUGUGGUUCCAGAACCGAAGGGCUAAGUGGAGACGACAAGAAAAGAUGGACACUAGCACCAUGAAGCUCCAUGAUUCCCCCAUGCUAUCUUUCAAUCGUCCUCCGAUGCCUCCUAGUGUGGGGCCAAUGGCCAACCAGAUGCCCCUCGAUCCCUGGCUGACCUCGCCCAUCUCCAGUGCCACGCCCAUGCAUUCCAUCCCAGGGUUCAUGGGUUCAUCGCAGGGCCUGCAGCCCGCCUAUCCGAGCCACAGCUUCCUAAACACCCCACCUGGCAUGGUCCAAGGUAUGCAGCCGAUGGGCCCUCCUCCCUACCAGUGCCCACCCAGCUUCAACGAUAAAUACCCGAUGGAGGACGACAGGAGUUCCAGCAUCGCAGCACUCAGGAUGAAGGCCAAAGAGCACAUUCAGUCAAUGGAUAAAACCUGGCAGCACAUGUGAACUGAUGUGCUACUGUGGAAGGAUUUUUGAGCUGCUCCCGUGAAUGUUUACAAACUGCUUUUCCACCGUUUGUUUCAUGUACUCGCGACGAGGACGCAUGACACCAAAGGAGUCAGACAUUUUUUUCACUGACGCGAAUAAGCAUCUGUGAAGAUAAACUUCUUGUGAUUAAAAAAAAAAAAAAAUCACUUUAAAAUGUUUUUAGCCCUAAGGGAAAAUGAUCAAAUCUCUGAGGGGCACUUAUUUUGGUUUAGCUCAAAAGGUUUGGGAAUAGACUCUUGUUUAGAGAAAAUCCUCAACAUGAAUGUUUUAACACUUUUAUGUCAACAUUAAUUUUCUGAUAAACUUCAGACUGAAAUAUAGUAUAUGAGAGGCUAAGUAGAGCCAUGUGGUCAGCAGUAGCAACGUUUGUGGUCUUAAUUGAGGGGUGUCCUUUUUUGUGGAAAUAAGAUAUUUUAUAAAAAAUGUAAUAUUGACACUAACUCUGUCUAUAUGUACCUGGGUGUACAAUUUUCCUGCUCCCCUGGAGUGAUAAUAUCUUUAUGAGGUUUAAUGAACACUGUGUUUGAGCAUUUGCUGGUAUCUACAUCCUCAGAACUAGACAAUGUUAGUAUAAAUUUGUUCAAAGAAGUUUUUCUCCCAGUAUGUCUGUUUGGUUGGGUUUUCUCUUUGUAUUUGCUAUCUUUUAUUUUUUCUGAACAGUGCAGAUACUGUCGAGCUAUUUCUAGUAUAUUUUCAGGACCUUUAUAAGUGUGCACAAAUCCUUCUCCCACUUAAAUUUAAGUUUGAUUAGGUUUAAAAUCGAUAUGUGUGUGUUUUAUUUAAAUCAUUAAAACUGGCCUUCUGGAGAGCAUUGAGCCCUGAUGGGGGAGGUUAUCGGAAGUCACAGAGCGUAAUCUGGCUCGGAGGCUAAUUUAAGCAGACAAGCAUACCUCUUAACACCUAAUUACUGCUUUUAAAGCGAUUAACCCCGGAUUCUCAGCCAUAGACAGAAUGCCCUCAGAUGCCCCUUAAAAAUCCUUUUCAAGACCUGAUUAACCUCGCCCCUCCCAUCAAACUUGAACAUUUAUAUUAUUUCUAAUUUACAGAUACGGCCCAACAUCUCAAUGUUGCUUUUUUAUUAUGCCCUGUCUUAACCUUAAUCUUAUUGGUAAAGGAUGCUCCUCAUUGCGUUGUUGACAAAAUAUUCACUAAAGACAGGUGGAUUAAGAGUGAGAAAGUUAAUGGGUGCUGGCAGCCUCUCUAACCCUUGGAAGUAGCACAGUUUGAUGUAACUGUUGGACCACAACUAGAAGGAAAUGACGUUACACUGACGUUUGUCGGAGACAUAAGGUCAUUAUAAUAUUGCCUGUGUGUUUUAUACUGAAUGUGUAUAUUUGGUGUGUGGCCAUUAAAAGGAUGCAGAAGGGUGCUGGGCUGGCAAAGUACAUUUUCCUAUAAUCAUUUUCUCUCUGGCUCUUGAAAGACAACAAAAACAUUUAAUUUAAUGGAAUCAAGGGAGGAAGAACUUGCCAUUAAUUUUACCUGGGCUUUCCACUAUCUGGCAAAAAUAACAUGUCAUUAAGUUAGUGUUAUCAUUUCCUACUUAAAUGCGAUACUGAGUACUGUGGCAAUGCUUUGAGGGAAAUUUAUCAGGCAAUAGAAGUCCCAUGUGGACAGCAUAAUGAAGUGUAAGGAAGAGUUAUCAUUUACAUCACUUCCAAACUUUGUCUAUAUCAUGGCCUUUAGAAAUGACAGCAUCCACACUGUCAGUUUUAUAGGUUUUGUUGUUUAUAUUGUUAUAAUCCCUGUUGAUAACAGUGGACUAAAAAGCCAAAGAAAUAAAAAAAGAAAAGACACAUUUAUAAAUGUGUGAGGAUGUUUAUUAUUUUUAAAUAUUUUUUUUUCAUCAGUUUCCAAUAUCAUUAUAACUAAUUUCUAGUCCUUUCAAGUUUUUAGAAUGUGACUUUCCAUGUGCAAAACACAGAAUAAAGUUACAGUAGCACCACUGUAGAAGCACUUUGA